CUGGGGAACACUUUUUACCACAUUGAUUUCCAGCAGCUAAACACGUGAUGGCUGCCUGUAAGCAGACGGACUCUGACACUGCUGUACAUGAUCCUUCAUUCUGACAUUCAACCCAACCCCAUACAAACAUGUCGCACAUAUUUCUGCUGCAAACUGGAAGGGGUCAAAACUAAGUUAAGCCAUGCAGCAAAAAUCAAAUAAUAAAGCAUCAUUGCAGAUUGUGCCACUGAGCACAUCCUAUCCAGCUCCUCUCUGGCAGGGUGUUAUUACUAACUUAUCUCGCCUUGCCACUAAGAAAGAAGAGGCAGGCGAUAUUUGUGAAGGAGUUGGUUUGGCAGCAGGUCUCUAGAGAUAACCACUGUUGGGAGGAGCAGCUCUGAGGUUUAGUCAGUGGAGCAGAAUCUAUACCCAGGGCUGUGCUCACCUGCUUUCACUUUGUGUUUAUUUCCUGACAAUAUAAGGCGGCAGUGCCAUGAAGAGACAGAAAGAAGCAAGUUAAAGAUCAGGGCUUUGGGGUGAAGCAAAAAUGCCACUUGUUGGACUCUCCUAUCUAUGAGGAACCCCCCCUGCAACAUGCGAAUACGGUGACCCACACACAUGGAGUUCCACCGGUCCUGCGCCAGUAGCCGAGCUCCUUACCUGACCCGUCUCUGCUUCUGCACGUUCUAAUGGAAUCAUGGAAAAUUCUACUAACAGCUCCAGCUGCACGAUAAACAAGGAGUUCACAUUCCGCUACUUGUCUUCUGUUUACCUCGUUGUCUUUCUCGUCGGAUUGUUUGCCAACAUCUUUGGCUUGAGGAACUUGAGAACAAACCGUAAGAAGUGGACUUCUCUCAACGUCUUUAUGCUGAACCUCGGCAUCGCCGACCUCCUCUAUGUCAUCACUCUGCCGUUCUUCGUCUCCUAUUACCUCAAGGGGGAAGUGUGGUUGUUUGGGCAUGGAUUCUGCCGCCUCGCCCGAUGCCUCUUUCACGUCAACAUGUAUUCCAGCAUCAGCUUCCUAACCUGCAUCAGCGUCCAACGCUACCUGGGAAUAGUCCAUCCCAUGAAAAUGAUGGGGACCUUUCAGAAUCUGCGCCCCUCUGUUUAUAUCAGCGUGCUCAUGUGGAUAUGGGUAGUCAUUCAGGUUAUACCCAGCUUUUUUAUUUCCGAGAGUGACCCCAACAACGCCCACUGCCACGACUCCACCAGCAAUGACAAUCUGAAGAAACUGGAAUACUAUACACUUUACACAAUGAUCCUAACUGUUACUGGAUUUUUUAUCCCAUUCCUUAUCAACGUGGUGUGUUAUGCCAGAGUCCUGUCUGUCCUCCGGCGAAAUAAAAAUAUUGACCCCAUUUUGAAGAGGAAAAGCAUCAAGCUGGUCGCUAUAGCGCUGUCCCUGUUCUUCAUUUGUUUUUUUCCCUUUUAUAUUUUACGGAACUUCAAUUUGUUCUCGAGACUUUGGCAGAAGUCGGGAACAUGCUCGCCUUCCCUGAAGAGUGCCUAUAUUGUUUAUCAGGUCACUCGGGGCCUGGCCAGUAUGAACAGUGCCAUCAACCCUAUGCUUUACUUUGUGACCAAUGAGACCUUUGCUAUGAAAUUCCGGAGGAUACGGAGGAGCACCUUGCGUGCUUUUGUCUUUCUCGGCCGGAAUCGGGAUAUUAAUCUAACUUGGAACACUGAGCUGAAAAUGAUAUCAGAAUCAGAGGCAUAAUCAUGGGGACACCAGACCCAGCUAGCUGGGGACCCAGGGGUAUAGAAAGCCUGAUUUGCAGUUUUAAUGCAAGUGUGCAGGGUCCUCUUUAGUUGUGAUGGGCCCUUCUGCCUUUAGCUGUGAGUGGGUGCUGCAAGUUGCACCAAUAUAAAUUGUCACCAUCAUGCAGUCUUGCCCUAUUGUACCUAAAUUCUCCUACCUGUAACUUUUGGUACUUAGAUCAGUCUCCUUUAUUUCCAGGACCCAAUGAUAUGGCCUAAACUGAUUUUGCUUUGGAGGGAGGGGGGGGGGGGGGUCAUUAACUUCUACCCACUCUACUGAGCUGGGGUUCUCAUUCAGUAUCUCUGGGAUUUAUGCACUAACAUUUUAUAGAAUCCAGCUGUUCAUGUCAAGUAUUAUCUACCCUGUACAUUCCACUGACUCUCAAAUGGUUUAUUCGUGACAGUAUUAAAUAUAUUAUCAUCAUAUAGGCACUGCUGUGUAAAUGGUACCGACACAUUGCAAACAGAGAAUUAUGCAACGAUUUUCUUCUCCUUUCUGAUUAUUAUGUUAUACGGCAUACAUAAGGAGGAGAUAUUACCUCUAGAUUUCUACUAGUCCUUUCAUUGUGUUAAUAUAAACAUCAGAUAUUCAGCACAGAAAGCCUUAAUUGUAUGUAUAUAUAUAUUAUUUAUAUGAGUGAGAAGUUAAAUUUCACCCAUAGUAACCAAUACAAAAGUGCCCCCCCCACCCCAGGGGUAGAAUGAAGGUGAUGCAAACAAUGGCAGAAUGCAAAGAAUAACUGCAACUAAGAGUCUUGGUAUUGGCUUUACUUUACACAUAGGGGAGACCCAUUGUCAGGAAACAUUGUUUUUCUCAUCUAUUAAACAAUAAGUAACUCUGUACUUGCCAUAUCAGCCAGUAUAAUAAACUUAUUACACCUAUUAUUACAGUGUCAUUAAGAUAAGAGUCCAAGGGGCUCAUUUAUCAACACUGGGCAAAUUUGCCCAUGGGCAGUAACCCAUAGCAACCAAGCAGUGAUUAGUUCUUUUCAGCCAGCUGCAGGUAGAACAAUAAAUGCAAUAGUUUGAUUGGUUGCCAUGGGUAACAGCCCAUGGGCAGAUUUGCACCAGUGUUGACCCUCAGUUUGAGUGAUUACAGUUUCACGCUGCAGUUGGUCACUUUCAGUCUCUUGGGGGGGGCAGUUGGGGGAGGUCUCUCUGGAUCUCCUGACAUUUGCAUUGGACGACCUUAGACAAUGCCCGAUCCACCCUAAAUACUGCGAAGCCCCAUCUAAAGCUGGUCAUACUGUAUAUGGGCCGAUGAAGCUAGCAUCUUAUUGGCCGAUCCCACUCUGUAUGGCCAUCUCUAAUUGGGACAUUUUCAGAAUACAGAAUUAAUUUACACUUAACACUCUUUAAUCCUAAAUAAUAUCUCCACCCCGAACUCUUCUACCAAUUUGUAAAUGUGUCUUUUGGGCCUAUGUUUAGGCAAUAUGUCUUCCUAAAUAUUGGGAAAUGAUUUUGCCUAAUUAAUGGACAGUAUUUUCUCUUGAAUUUCUGUGUUCCCGUCUGUAUAUUUUGGCAGCGCCGCUAGAUGAAGCUCAGCAAUUGUAUAUUUACAUUAUGAGAGAGAAAUGUUUAUAUUUGGUGAAUGUAAUAUGUUGUGUAAGCCUUGUAAAUAAAGGAACACAUACUGGCAAGUAUU